AGUAUAUAUGUGUGUGUCCCUAUCGCGUGUGUGUGUGUUCGUCGCAUUGGUUGCUGUCGUGUGAUUUGCUGCCCUUUUUUUCGGUGCCCCUAUUAUCGUAUUUAGCAAUUUCACCAUCCGACGGGAAGUUCCAGUGCCAAGGCCAAAUAGUCAACAACGCUCACGGCCCUCCAAGUGACUGCGCGGCACCAGCUGCAGCGAUCCUUUCCCGGUGUGCUGCCGCCCUCUCUCACCACACACACCACCCGCGGAAAGAGGCGCUCCGUCACGCAGGGCUUUUUCUUUUGUCCGUCGCGCUGCUGUUUAUCGCCAUCGUCAUCCGGAGUGUACACUGCAGUGUCAAAGUGGAUCAUUCCAUCGGUGCGUCGGUUGCUGAAGUGCCCCCGGGUGGCCACGGUACAAGCGCUGCCGGUCGCCAUCGUCGUCGUCGCCGUCGUGGUCAAACCGAGCGCGAGGCUCCGCAACCGCAGGGAGUGGUGGUGGUGCUCGGGUCAGCUGCAGGUCGCAAACGUCGACCGCUUGGGGGCGACAGGUGACAGCUGAAGGUUGUACGCGAGAUAUCGGUAGCCCGGCGGGUGCUGCGGACCGGCCGGCAAGUUGGAUAGAGGAAGGGGACAACGAUGUCCGAUUCGUUCUUUGGGUUUGAUGCGUCCCUGCCCGGCGAGGACGACGAUGGCGGUGGCGGAGGCGGCGGCAGGUCCGGCGGCGGUGGUCGACGCGUGCUGGGCGGAGGAAGCGGUGGCCGAGGAUCCGAUUCGGAGGAGGAGUACGACGCCCUUAACGAUGAAACGUUCGGUCAGGCCCGCCAGGACGAUUGGGAAGAUUUGCACGAGAAUCUGGUGCGAAUGGACCAGCGGGAAGGGGGCGACGGUGAUUCCGGGGCCGACUCCGAUCUCGACAUCAACUUCUCCUCGGUCGGAAUUGACAACUUCGAGCUGGACAACGAUACGGAACCGGAAGCUCGAUUGCAGCUCGAUCCGAGCGUGUGGACGAUGCCCAGCAAACCGGAGACCCCGCGACACAGUGUGCCCUCCGUACCGGCCCCGAUGCCCCCGGCGAUCGUCAGUGCACCGACCCCGCUUCCAGCCACAGAUCGGUUCGGUGCACCGAUGGGACGGUUUCCGACGAUGCCCAAUGCAGGGCUGCGCAUCUGCUCGCUGGAGGAAAUUGAGCAGAACAUGAUCAAGCAGCAGCAGGAACAGAUGCGCCGAGGAAUGACCCCGCUACCUCGUCCUCCGCCGGGCUUUCUGCCCCCCUCCAAUCCAACCCAGGGUGGUAUGCAACCGCCCCAUCCUCCCGGCUCGAUGCCGCCUCCCUCGCCAAUGAUCCAUCGUCCGCUGCCGAUUCCGAUCGGGUUCCCUUCGCCGGCGCUGAUGGGAGGAGCUCCCGGAGGUCAGCCGUCCGCUCCCGGCGGCCCGAUGGGCGGUCCUCUGUUUCCGCCUACCAACAUGCCGCCACCGAACGGGCAGCCGGGCGGGCCUCCAUUUCCCUUUCCGAUGAACUUCCAGGGUCCGCCCGGAUCCGGGGGAAUGCCUCCCAACAACAAUAGCAACAACAACGGCAACAACAACAACAAUAAUGGUGGGAUGAAUAAUAAUGCCAGCUUCAGCCAGCGGCUCGUGGAGGAGAUACAGCAAAACCAUCCGAUGCUGCCCCACUACCGGCCGCCGGGUCCGCUACCGAUGGGCGUACCACCUCCAUCGGGCGGUCCGGGCCAGAUGCCCCCGAUGCCACCGCACGGCGGCAACUUUAAGCACCCGUUCAUGCCACACCAUCAUCCAGGAUUUCCGCCCAACUGGAACGGGCCACCGCAGAUGCACCACGGCAAUAUGCACCAUCACGGUGGUCAUCAUCAUCCGGGCUUCCCGGGUGGAUAUCACCACUUUCCUCAGCAGCAGCAGCAACAGCAAGGUCAAGGACACCAUCAUCAUCAUCAUCAACAGCAGCAACAGCAGCAGCAACACCAUCACCAGCAUCAGCAGGGUGGCGGCCAUCGUUUGCACAAUGGAAAGCAGAACCGGAACUACGAGUACGAUGAGUACGCGAACAUGAUGACGGAGCGGGCGAAACACUGGCUGCUCGGCAUUCAGCUCUCCCAGCUGAACAAGGACACGGCGUACUACAACGAUUACUAUUUCUGCGUAAUCCGCGACCGGAAGGAGCGCGAGCGAGGUGCGGAGCGGGAAAGCAAAGCGCACAAGGACAACACGUUCUACCAUCCGUUCAGCCAGCAGCAGAACCAGCAGCAGCAGCCGCAGCAGCACUGGAACGGGUUCGGGCGGGAGCGCCGCAAUUCGGAGAACUCCACCUCCACGAAGGAUGGCAUCAAGGAGAUACAGCCCCGCCGCUACAAGCUGGUGCAGUUCGAGAAUUCGCUCGGAAAGCUGCAGUGUGGCAGCGUGAUUGCACCGCGCAAGAUCAUCGACCAGGAUGUGGUGGUGGAUCGUUCCGUCGCCGAGGGCGGCAGUGGCCCCGGCGGACCGGGCAGCGGUACCGGAGGGAGUGGCGGCGCUCCCGGCAGCUCCGACUCGGUGCACAAUCAGCGCCGCUCGCGACAGAUUCUGCUGCACGUGGAGAACCUUUACCGGCUGCUGCUGCGCCUGGAGGACAUGUCGAACCAGCUGGCGAUCGAGGCCAAGCAGCAGAUGCGAGAAAAGCGCGACAAGGAGCGCCUGCUGGCACAGGAAAAGCUGGCCAGCGGCGGUACGGACGAGCAGAACAAUGUGAGCAGCGGCGGCGCGGGUCAGAUAGCGGCCGUACCGGCAGCGACGGUGUCCGAGGUGGAACAGGAUACGGUGGAGAAUCUGAUAGAGCGCAUACUGCCGUGCGUGAAUGCGGAGGGCGUGCUGCGGCUGCUCUCCGUGCGCAAGGGCAAACUACUGCUAACGCGCAUCCAGAAGGCGCUCGGCGAGCAUACGGCCCGCUGGACGAUCUGGUGCACGGUGCUGGCCACGCUGGUUGCCCUGCCGAAGCGCGAUCGCGAGGAUGCGGAAGAUCAGCUCAGUCCGCUGUUUGCUGAGUUUGAGCUGCACGUGAAGUAUGCACAGGCCGGCGAGUUGAUGCCGCUGUUCGAGACGCUGCUCAACACUGACCAGUUGCUCAGCUUGGUGCCCCGGUGCAAGUUCCUGCUGUUGACGAUGCUCACUCUGAUCGCGCAUAUGGAACACUUGACCACGAUCGAUGGGUUCGAUGGGCUGGCGGCAGUGAGCAACGGCGAUGAGGCGACCGACAGCACUAGCAACGAUGGUGAGGAAAGCGGCGGUGGUGGCAAUGGUGGCACCGUCUCCCGCCGACUCAUCUGGUCGCGCUGGAUGAGUCUGCUGCGCGAGCUGGCACGUGUGCUGGACAGUGCGGCCGCUGUUGUGGUCGGCAGCAAGCCCCAGAAGGUACUGCUCAAGCUUGAUUCGUCCUGUGGCAAGGUGAAGCAACUGCGCGCGCACCUACAGCGCCAUCCGGAGCUGGAGCUGGAGCGCAAGCUUCGGGCCAUCGUAUCGAUCAUCGACAUUGGCGGUCCCUCGUCCCUGGCAACGACGGCGGAAGGAUCGGCGUCCGGCGAGGAAGUAAGCAAAAAGUAAGCAUUCGUUUUCGAGGGAGUUUUCGUUACAUUCAUUGUACGGAACGAUUGGCAUUGGCGAUCAAAAGCAACGGAAGGAAACCCAAAAUGCGAUGACGACGGAGAUGAUGAUGAUGAUGAGGGUGAGGGUGACGAAAGUGUGACUGAAAAGGGAGAACAGUUUAUAAGGGCGAUGAGUCCCUUUUCUAGCGAUUAUAUGAAAAUUUCGUUUACGACCGCCGCGCACGUAGCUUUAGUGGAAGGAAGGAGUUUAUUUCGUUUUAUUAUUUUCUUAUUUGCCCCAUUAACUUUAUGCUUACGCUAAUAGUUGCUCUUUUAUAUUUUGUGCUGUUUUUUUUAAUUAUUUCCUUUUAUUCCCAAUUAUGAACGUGCCGAGGUUUGAAAGGCUCUGGAAGAAGGGCGCUUGUCCUGUUCUCCAUGUACGUAAAACAUGGCAAUUCCCUCUUUCCGCGUGUAGAAAUUCUGUGUAAAAUGUAUCCAACACUGUAACUGUAUAAACAAAAUCCUCAAACUCUAAUGACCGCUCGCCCACGGGCGUGUAGGGACAGGGAAAACGUAGGGACAGAAGAAAAUAGAAGCAAACGAAUUGUUAAUAGUACGCGCACCACCACCACCACCACACACAAACAUUAUGGCUUAGUUGCGUAAAGCAAAACACUCAAUGGCAAGUGUUGGCGGAUUAAGAAUGUAAGACAAAGCGUACUGUUUGAAAUUGUCCUUCGUUUAAACACAGUUUGCUUUGUUUCUUUUUGGGUAGGCUUAAACACAUUUUGUAUGAUCAUUACUUUUAAUUUAAGUCGACCGGCGGCUGCCCCGCUGCGUCGGGCUGGCUUCGGGCAAACGAUUGUGUGUGGGGGACCGUACACAUACGACGGGGGGAGACACGGCACACACGUGUGCCACACGCAUGGCGCUGUGUAAGACGCCCCUUUCGUAAUGUAACGCCCUUCCACACACUACACAUUCUAGCAAGAAGUGCGCGCAACGAGAGACGAACAAUAAGCGCGCGUAAGGUGGUUUUAGUGGCGUUGUAAUCGAAUGAAAAUAAUAAAGUAAUAUUAAUGUAGCGAUUGUUAAAUCCAUACGCGAA